UUGAUAUUUACUCUUAUUCAUUCUCAUUUUUAAUCUUCAUAAACUGUAUCAAAGGUAUUAAACGAAAAAGAAGAGAAAAAAUCAAAAUGUAAGAAUAUCUAAUUAGAAACAUCUUUUAGUUUCUUCUUCAUCAUUUUCUUUUUUCUAUUUUAUAUAUAAACAAGUCUAAUUAUCUGUAAAUUAGUUCAAAUCACCAACAAAUCCAUGGACAUUAUUUGUUACCAUUAAGAAUCACCUUCUUUUUUUUCACUAACCUCAAACCUGUAAAAACAUAAAUUGUGUUGCUCUUAUUUUAUUUAUAUUCAACCUGAAAAAUUACUAAAAGUUUUCAUCUUUCAAACAAAAACAACAUCAUCAUCAUCACCAUUAUCUCAUCUUUACAUCACUGCAACAACCAAAAAAACAACAACAACAACAAAAUUUAGAUACCAAGUCAAGUAAAAUUGUGUUAAUAUUACCAAUCACCCCACCGUCGUCACCUCAACUUACCAUCAUCAUCAAUUUCUUUGUUUACUUUCAUCAUCUUGGAAAAGAAAACCCAACCAACAACAACCUAAUCAUCAACAAUUAGUUGAUCAACAAUAAUUAGAUCUUCAAAGCUAAACAAAAUAUUUUCUCCUCUGUGUAGUAAUAUUGUUGAUUAUUUCUCUAUCUUCAUCUAUAAUUUGCUCUCUCUCUCUCUCUCUCCUAUUUCUCUAUGUGAAAUUAGGUAAUUGUUUCAAUCAUCAUGGCUAAAGAAACAACAGUUCAAGUUGGUGAAUACAGUUAUCUUACAAGUGAUCUCAUUGGACAUGGGGCUUUCGCCGUUGUCUAUAAGGGCAAGCACAAUAAAACCAAAGAUUUGCCUGUGGCCAUUAAAACAAUUGCCAAAAAAAAUUUAGCUAAAAGCCAAAGUCUUCUUGGUAAAGAGAUAUCAAUUCUUAAAGAGUUGACACAAUUACACCAUGAGAAUGUGGUCUCAUUACUUGGAUAUAAAGAGACCGCUGAUCAUGUUUACCUGGUUAUGGAAUAUUGUAAUCGAUCCGAUUUAGCUGAUUAUCUUCAUACCCAAGGAACACUUUCAGAAGAUACGAUAAAAUUUUUUCUUAAACAAAUUGCCGAAGCCAUGAAGGCUCUUUACCUCAAAGGGAUCGUUCAUCGUGACCUUAAACCACAAAAUAUUCUUCUCUGUUCCAAGGAUCCUAAUCCACGUCCUCGUGAGAUUACUCUUAAAAUCGCUGAUUUUGGAUUUGCUCGUUUUCUUGUUGAAGGUUCAAUGGCUGCAACUCUUUGUGGAUCCCCCAUGUACAUGGCACCAGAGGUUAUAAUGUCUCUUCAAUAUGAUGCCAAAGCUGAUCUAUGGAGCAUUGGAACCAUUGUUUUCCAAUGUUUAACCGGAAAGGCUCCUUUCAAUGCUCAUUCGCCUCCAGCAUUGAAACAUUUCUACGAGAAAAAUGUCAACUUAGCUCCCAAAAUACCACUUGGUACAUCUAGACCUUUGACAGAUCUUCUCAAUGGACUUCUUGUCCGUGAUCCAACUACUCGAAUGAAUUUCGACAAAUUUUUCAAUCACGAGUUUAUUAGACAUUCCACCAAUCGUCAAGUUCACAAUGUUCGAGCGGAAUCUUUCCCCGCUAGGUAUCCAUUUGCCAGUCCAACGGCAACAUCUCCAAUAACAACUCCAACUGGUACAACCCCGACAGGUACUGGUGGUUUUGGUACUCCACCUUUAAGAUCACCUCGUGAUCUUGGAUCUCCCGUUAAAUCUGAACCUCAAUCUUCAUCUCCAGCAUCGAGUAACGAUGAUCCGGAAGAGGUUGAUGAUUUCGUUGUUGUACCUUUCAUGACAAAAGAUGGUAAACCUUUACCAUCAUCUCGAAGUUCAUCUAAACUCAUCUCAUCACCCAAAUCGUACCCAUCCUCAUCCGAAAGUGAUCAAGCAGGUACUUCAGUUGAUUUGAAAACGUUUGUUAAUCACUUUAAACCAAGUAGUCCAGUUCCAAAUCAUAAAAAUGUUUAUGAUCGUAUUCGUAAAAGUGACCUAUCAAUUGAUAGAUCUUCGGGAACUGUUACAUCUGACGGUGGAUCUGAUCUUCCAUGGGCAAGUACGACAGCAAAUAGUAAUCCAAAUCAAAGUGACAAAGGUGAAUCAACCUCAUCGGAUAAACAGAAACUGUUACCUGGUUCAUCUAAUGACAAAUCUGGCCCACAAACGGACUCCAAUUCAUCUGGAGGAAGUGAGGGAAGUUCAAAUGCAAGUAAUCGGUUUGUCGCCGAUAUUAGUCAAUUAUCACCUCCAGCAGUACAAUUUAUCAUUGGUACACCACCAGGAUUAGCCUCUGGUGGUUCAUUCUCUGGAUCUAAUCGUCGGUGCUCUGCCCCAAUUCUCAAUGCAUCCAAUUGUUUAGCCUCACCUUUAAUGAGACAAAUAACACCGCCUCUUCACCUUCAAGGUCUUCAAGGUGCCACAGAGUUAACAUACAUCCCUGGUCUAUGUUCACCUGACCAUCAUCAUAGGCCAUUUGUCCACCAUUCUCACCAUCAUUAUCCGCAUCCCCAACAAGUAGCAAGUAACGCUCUUGUUUCUCGGUGUAACUCAUCUCCAAUGAAAUUUAACUUCCACGACAAUUCUCAUGGCGAUAAAUCAACUCGAGGUCAUCCCCAUCCCUACCACCAUCAUAAUCCUCACACCUUCCAUCCAAAUCAUUUUGGCUUCGCUUCUAAUACAAGUGGUCAUAAGGCCACUUUCCUAUUUAACGAAUAUCGAUUAAAUAGUUCCAACGCAUUACAACGUCACAAUCAUCCCUCUGGAUCAACAAUAGGGUCUCAUUGUAUCUGUCCGAUUUGCCCUCAAUUAACUAAUCGAAAUUCAAUUGACGCAUCACCUCGAUUUAUUGAAGGUCUUCGAUUCGAUGCACCCGAACUACCCGAGGAAACCUUACUCGAUAAAGAUCAUAAUGAAACUUUGGCUCGAUUAAAUUUCGUCGUAACUUUGGUUGAAUGCGUCAUGCGUUUAGCUGAACAUCGGGAAAAUACUUUGAAUCUAUUGAUUGAAAGCUCAGUUCCAGAGAUAACACCACCAAGCCAGCGGCAAGCAGAGAAACUUGUUCUCUAUGUUCGAGCCUUACAAUUUGUUUCAUCUGCUUUACAACUUUCAAGGACUGAAAUUACCUCUGGAAGGCUCAAGCCAUCGUCUUCAGUUCGACAAGUUCUCGCAACCUUGAAAUCAAUCUUUAACGAAUGCCUUGAAAAUUGCAAAGUUCUAACUCAGGAUGCACUAAUAGUAUCCAUGAAGCAACGAGAUUUGGAUAAUAUUUCAGCUGAUAGAUUAAUUUACGAUCACGCUAUUCAAAUGGCUAAAUCUGCAGCCACCGAAGAGCUAAUUGGAGACAUGGAAGUGUGUCUACGGAAAUACCAAACAGCACAAAUCCUAUUACACAGUUUAUCUCAGCAGAUUAUCGUUGGCGAUGAUAAGGGUCUCCUAAGGCGUUAUAAGGACGCUGUUGAGAAGAGACUGUUCCACCUCCAUCGAGAAGGCUAUGUCAUCCCAAUGGACACAUUAUCUUCCCCAUAAAACACUCAAAACAAUCAGAGACACACAACAGAGAUGACAAAAUAUCAUUAUCUCAAUGGUCUUCCUAUUUCACCAUUUAGAAUGAUAUUAUCAUCAUUUAAAUAGAUGCGGUUGACAAGAUGGUUUCUUCAAAACUGUUCACUUGCCUUUACAGUUAUUUGCUAAAUCAUUUACUCUCUCUCUCUCUCACUGUUUGUCACCAACGCAGCUCUAUUUAAGAGUGGUCUUAAUUAUUUCAUCUUCUGUUGAUGUUGUUUAAACGCCAACAUCUUCGUGCUAAGUUUUGUUGAUAAAUCUCGAGUCGCUCUUGGUUUUUGGUCUCGAUUUAUCAAUCGAUUCAUAUUUUCAAUUCUGCAGUUUCCGUACCAAAUUGCAAAAGCAUCUCAUUCAUGAUUCGUGAUGUUCAACUGCAAAUGAAAUCAAUCGCUCGCUUGACCCACCAUUUCUGUCCAAGUCUUACUUUAAGUAAAACAUUAUCGCCAUUUUCAUCAAUGAAAAACUUUUCGCCAUCUUUAACCAACUUUUCAUCAACAUUUAUCAUUUAUCAUGAAACAUAAACAAACACAAUUCAAAAGAGAGGAAAAAGAAUAAAAAAACUGCUUAUACAUCGAAACACCCGAAACACAAUGAACCUGAUCUACAAAAACAACAAAUAUAAACACAAAAAUAAUUCACUCACCUUAUUAUUAUUUAAACAAUUAAUCAAAAUACAUGAAAAUCAUCUUCCAUCAUCAAAUCAAACACUGAAAAAUAUAUAUAUCUGAAUAUAAUCAAUGGAAUCAACCAGCCCAUACACACAUUCAUCCAGUUAUUUUAUUCCAACCAUUCAUAACUUAACACAAACAAAAAAAACCAACAAAAAAAUAUGUUCAUCAAGCACCAUCAUCAUCAUGCAAACAAACAUCAGCUGAUUUCUCAAUAACAACAAUUUAAAGAACCCGAACAAGUCACAUUCAAACCAUCAACCAGUAUAACCUUGAAAAGGGAUUUGCAAUGGGAUUGUGUCUCCAUAUUGACAACAUAUAAAUGAUCAUCAACAUCCUUCAACAACAACAACAAGAAAUUAUUUAAAAUGUACUCCUUCAAGUCUCUCUCUCUCUCUUAUUAUCUUUAUUCCUAUCCUUUUAUCACCUCUCAUACUGUUUGUAUAUUAUCACAAUCAACACAAUCAUCAUCCUACUCACCUUUAUAUAUAUUUAAGACUUACUAAAACUUGAGUAAUGUCGAUGAAUUUGUGUGAGUGUGUUUUUUUCUUGAUGUGUACACUGAUUGUUACAUUUAAAUCAUUUCUUUUUUUCCCAACUCAAUAUUU